GGGCCUCUUGACGCCUCCUGCCCCGCCCCUUGUGCCCUCUCUGCAGGUCGGUCGAUAAACUCAAAUGAUGAGUGUUUGGACAGUGUUGGUCGGCCUGAUAGGAGUUAAUGCGUUGGGGUGUUAGUCUGUAAGCGAGAAACUUUGUCCCGAGUCAACAGCCGUUCUUAAAAACCGGGCAGUGCCGUGAAAAACAGCGUCAUGAGAAAUAUGACACUUAUGGCCGUGAAGAUCUUCGGUGUGAUUCUAGGAGUCCUGCCACAUCUGUCCGGCUCUCAGUGCCACUGUGCCAAGCGAGCCAUUCUCAGCGUCCUCCAGAUUACGGUGACCAUUAGCACGGGAGUGGGAUACGGUACUCUGUAUGUAGUGUACCUGUGGAUCCCUGGCUAUGAAGACGUGGAAAUGUCUAUGAAGGUGACGGAGGCCUUGUGUGCGGUUUCUCAAUUCAUUUGCUCCCUGCUCAUCGUCCUCUGGAUGUGGAAACACUCCAGGAGUCUCUCGUCAGUCAUCAGGACCUGCAGCACCACUCCUGGAGGAACACAGCCACCAGAUGUUUCCCCAUACCUCAUCCUGACACCCAGAGUGGCAGUGAACCAGUUGUUGUUGUGGUUCAUCAUAAUCCAGGCAGUAUAUGAGGGUAUACUGUACGGCCUGUGGUAUAUGAUCUAUGACAUGAAUAUUGUAAGUGUGUUCCUGAAGGUGCUCUUCCUGAUCCUACAGCUGUGGAUCACCCUAAUCAUACGAUAUCCUCAGAUCAUGUGGGUUGCCAUCGGAACUGCACUGCAACACCAAUUUGCGCGUUUCAACCGGGCCAUUGAGGAUGCAGCCCGAUCACGCCCUCGACUGCCACAGAGCCGACCCGCGACGCCUCCGCCCGCAGCAGAGUCCGGGGACGGCAUCGUCGUGGUGAACGCCGCCCGGAGUCAUGAGGCGAAGGACGACUCUGAAUGCCGGGAGAGGGACGACAAAGACGCCAAUUCUUGCGAUCAGGCGGAGCGGAGUGCUGCAAGGGACGCAUCCUCUGAUUAUCAGAAAGCCCGCGCCAACUUGGCUUAUAUUAGAGAGAGAUAUCAGGAGUUACAGCAGGUCCUGCGAGAAGGGGAGGCGGUGAUGGCCGGGCCGCUCCUGAUCUCGAGUUUCUAUACAUUCAGCUCCACCAUCAUCUGCCUCUUUCACGGAAUUGCUCUCGAUAUCAGCGUAAUCUUCAAGAUAUUAACUCUGACCCAGUGUGGCCUGCAAAUUAUCAUACUGUGGAUCCAGGGACAGGUCGCAGAUUCCAUUAUUGCCGAGGGCCAGAAAACAAGCCAGAUCCUUUUGGAAGUUGCCGAAGCAGCCACCGGACGCACUCCUCUUCCGCCAAAGGCAAAACAGACGAUUUUAAUCAUGUCCAUGGAAAGGUUGAGCCGCAAAGGACUAGGAACUCGGGUGUGCGGUCUCUUCACGCUGUCCCGGAGGAAUACUCUUGCGGUAGCCGGCGCAUCCACAAGCUACCUACUCAUACUUCUCCAGUUCCACCUAGCAGAUUUAUAAGAUGAGGAAGCCAAUGUGAAAUACGUAUGAACUGUGUCCGCAUUCCAAUGAACGGGUGCCAGUGUACAGAAUGGGAAGCCGAAGUGAUGCAUUGUAAACGCAAAAUGGCUACUUGAUAAACUACAGUCUCGGGAAACACGUUCUUCACCGAUAUUAGCUUCUCCCGUUGCACAAAGAACGACGCUUUGUGUGCUCACUUUCCCUGUUGCCUUACUGUUCGAGAUGCAUCGCGCCCGCCGCCCACACUCAGACAUCGAUUAAGCUCAGUGUUUUUGCACGUACAGCUUUGCUACUCACGGCAGUGCCACCUCAGGUUAAACCGUCACCCACUCAACUACUCGCAGACUUUAAGAAUUCAAUAUGUUACAGGACAAUAACAUUUCUUCGGACUUAUUUGGAUAUGGAAUAAUAGAUGGAACUGAUGGAAUUCAUAAAAUAAAGGCAGUAAUUGUAUUAUUUAUUAAAAUUACAAAAGUAACAAUGAAUGGAUAAGUGAAAUUUCAUACUAGCACAGUAUUGUGAAAUAAAGAAUAAUGAUACCCAGAGGAUAAUUGAUUUCUUCUAGAUGCGUGUUCUUUCAGGUGAAAAAUGUAGAUGGAAAAAUAAAGUAUAAGGGGUGAUCUCCCUCGAAAUCUC